AUGACUGAUAGAAGAUCAUGGGAUAAUUAAGAAGAUAAAGUAAUAAAAGAACUAGUAGCUCUAUAUGGAGUUAAAAAAUGGACAGUAAUAGCUUAGAAAAUGGAACAAAUAUAUUCUUUAAAAGGUCGUUCAGGGAAAUAAUGUAGAGAACGUUGGCAUAACCACUUAGACCCAGGAAUAAAUAAAUUACCGUGGACUAAUAAAGAAGAGAAAAUAAUAUUCGAAGCUCAUAAAUAAUAUGGAAAUAAAUGGGCAGAGAUAGCUAAAUAUUUACCAGGAAGAACUGAUAAUUCAAUAAAAAAUCAUUUUUAUUCAAAACUAAGACGAUCAUUAAGAAGAAUAAAUAAACUUCUAGGAGAUAGAAAUAGCACUGAAUAAAUAAAAGAUAUAAAGCCAGGUGUAUUAUCAAAAGUAUUUUUUUUAGCUGAAAAAAAUGAGAAUGAAAUUGAAGAUUAAGACAUGAAAAAAUUAAGUGUAGCUUGUAAAAGUUUAUAAGAUAUGCUUUUAGACUUCGC